UUAUUUAAAUGCUGUUCUUCAUAAGAUAUUUUUGAUCUGUUUUGAGCUACUUCAAGAUGCCCUGAUCCCUAGCAACGGCAUCACAUCUGUUGCUAUGGUAAUGGUGUCGCACUUUUGCCUCAGUUUAAAAGCAGAAGAAGCCUUCACCUGGAUUCAAUCAGAGGUAUUACCGAUACAAGGACAUUUGGAAGAAAAACAAGUACAUUAUAUUUAAAUUUGCAGAGACUGCAUUCACGAUUUAUUGAGGAUCAUUACAGCAGUGAAAAUGACCAUUGCUGUUCAAAAUAUCACCUACACGACGGCUAUCGCGACCUGGUCGGCCACCGGUCCCUGCGUGGAAAAUUCUCACAGCGUAUCGUACGCUUCCAACGGAUACUUCCACUUUCCCAGUGUUUCCGGAAAAAGCGUCGGCCACAAGAUAAUGGUGCCAAGAAACACAUCGUCCCUCUUUCUCUACCACCUGUUCCCCUCUACCAACUACAACUUAUGUGUGACCUGUAAGGAUGUCUCCUCCUCUAGUGACCCCUGCACCACCUUUCACACUCUGGGGAACAACCCCAUCAUCCUCCCCAUUCCAGUUAGCGAACUGGUCUUCACCAUCUUGAUUACCCUGCUUAACCUUGCCUUGAUUUUCUUCUGGGCCCGCUGUCUCUACUCCUGUUGCGUGAAUCACUCAGCAAAGUUUACCAACCCAGACCUUCAGGGAUCCCUGGAUCAGCAAGCCUGCUCCAUAGGUCUUCUGAAGGAGAACCAGAAUAAUAUCCCUAUGCUAACAGCUUUGGCAGGCUCUGAACUGGCUUCUUCGGACUCCGAUGAGUAUAGUUCUCUAUACUGAUCAGAGAAAAACAGUGCAGGUGCAAAUAUUUGAAUAUUAGCUUUGCUUGAAAUGUAUUCGCUAAACGUUCUGUACUAAAGAUAAUGCGUAAGUGAUGCCUGAAAUAAAUAACAUACAUUCUGCUGUUGAGAAAGGCGUGUCUCUCCUUUCUUUACUAGGUAUAUGGGGGGUUAUUUUACUUGAAUUAUCUGCAUAUCUGUUUUGUGUGAAAUAUAACAAGAAAAAUACUGCAAAUUAAAUUUACAUAUGAUGUUUUAUGCAUCAACGUAUCAAACUUCUGCCCUAAAAGUAUUUGUGGUUCCUAGCCCAAGUCUUUUAAUUUUUACAGCAUCCACAACCCAAAGUGGUAAAUAUAACUAAUGUGACUACAGACAAAUGAAGAUGUUUGCAUUUUUGUAUUUCUGUCAUUUCAUUCUGCUAAUAAACUACUGAUAUCA